AUGGCUUACAAAGAAUUGUACAUUUCGCUGACGUUGCUUGUUUUCAUCUCUACGAUUUGCUACGCUGGAAUAACAACGGUUUCUGAAUCCGGAGUCAACUUUACAAAUGGUACGGACUUUUCCAUCAACGAUACGGACUUUUCCAUCAACGAUACGGACUUUUCCAUCAACGAUACCGGCUUGUCCAACUCAACCCUACGGAAUGGUUCACUUGGGAACUGUAACACGCAAACGGUAUUCCUGAUCAGUACUGAAGAGGUAGAAAACACCACAUCCAACGUCUCGAAACAGUUGCAGAAUGAUACGGUAGCUCAAAGGUUUCCCCACCGUAUAGAGCCCAUGUACGCUACCCUAUGUCUAGGCGUCUGGUCAGUGGUGACAAACAGUCUCCCGCUUGUAGCCAUCAUCAAAUACGAACAUCUCCACACGCCGGCGUACAUCCUCAUGGCCAACCUGGCUGCAAGCGACGUCCUGGCCGGGAUAGACUUCCUGUGUACCGGUAGCUCGGUGUUGUACUACGCGUACACUGAGACCUCCGCAUCCGUGGCCAUGUCGCGAGUCCGCUUCACGUUGAUUUUACUUUCCGGACUGUCCUCGGCCUACAGCCUGAUGGCCCUGACGGCGGAGCGCUACUGGUUCAUCGUCCACGGGAUGACCUACGUCAACAACGUCACCAACGACAAGUGCAAGGUCGUGAUCAUGAUAGUCUGGGCGUGGUCAGUGCUGCUGGCGAUGCUGCCACACUUCGGGUGGAUUUGCGAAGGUCGCGCGGUGGAAGGGUGCCUGUCCAUAGGCGGAGGGCUGCCGCUGAGCUACGUGGUGUUCAUCUUGGUCUUCGUUUUCAUCCCGAUGGCAGCAGUCGUCUAUUUCAACCUGAGUAUCUUCUGGUGUCUGUGGAAGCACGUCAACGCCAUCGCUGAUCAAGAAGCCGCGGUGGGCGCCCAGCCUAGCAUCAACAGGAAAUCCGCCAUUACUAUCAUCAUCAUCACUAUCGUGUUCUUGGUGGGGUGGCUGCCAUUUUCUGUCAAGAUGGCCAUGCUUACCCAAGAUCGCGUGUCGCUCUCGAAAAUGUUUGUCUUCAUCAUCUUGAACUCCGCAAUCAACCCUUUGAUCUACGGGCUUCGUCUGCAGGAAGUCCGGCGCGGUGUGGCUCGGCUCUUCGGCUGUACCAACGGCAACUGCAACUGCAACGGCAACGGCAACGACAAUCUUGGACCGUAA